AUGGCGACAAAUCAGGCUGGAGGAACGACAGCUGCCCCCGAAAGAGAGCAGACCCCUAUUUUCCGCUCUGCGGAUCCAGAGGAGGAUGACAUGCUCGCGAGAAUAUAUUGUAAUGCAUUUCUUCCACUUUGGAACCACAACUGGUUCCACGGGAUAUCGCAACCGCUGGAGCCCAUGAUGAUCGGCACAACCACCAGCCAACCACAGAUGAACAGCCAGCAGAAGACUCGCGUCCGGUUCUAUCGAAGCCUGAUCAAGGUGACGAGACUGCUGGGGGGGCAGGUUCUCGUGACUGAGGUGCACGCGCCGGAUGACGGCAACGCGACGACGCAGCCCGAUAUAGGAGCCAUCCUGCUCUGGCUGCCACCCAAGAAGCGGAUGGGGACAUUCGACAUCCUCGAGCUGUGGAAGUCCGGGCUCCUGGGCCUCAUGCUGCCAUGGCACUACGGCCUGACGGGCUUCUACCGCAUCCAGUUCGUCUUCGAGGAGAACAUCCACAAGAUGUGGACCAGGACGCUCCCGGACCUCCCGCCCAAGGGGUUCAAGGAGGACGAAUGCGCCUUCGUCCAGAUGAUCGCGAGCAACCCGAAAUACGCCGGCAAGGGCUACGCGUCGGCGCUGCUGGCCUUUCAAAUCGACCAACAUUUUGCCCUGUUUCCCGACCGCCCCGUUCUUCUCGACACCACGACCACGCAGGGCAUCCGCGCGUACGAGAGGCUGGGCUUCAAGCUCCUCGCCGAAACCCCCGUGGACAGCGGGACCGAUGCCAGGGGCAUCAAACUGAAGUCCAACGCGAGCGAAGAGAUCAGGAAGGAGGCAAGGGAGAUUUGCAUCCAGCGCGUGAUGGCGAAGCUGCCGUGA